GAACCAAAACCAAAAGCAUAAGCGAGACAACCAACUGUUGAAAAAGGCAGUUAGCUACAGCAGUGACUGGAAACCUGCUGUCCAGGUGUGUAAAAAUAGACACAGAUUAUUCUGGUAAAACUAACAGUACAGGAAAUAUUCAUUUAGAGCUGAGAGCAUCAAACACAAAUAGAGUUUAACCCUAGUGCUGGACUUUGUGCUGAAACUGAGAGAGAGAGAGGAGAGGAGAAUGGCUCUGAGCACUGAGCAAGCUCUGGCACUGCUACUGAUCUUAAACAGCGCUCACCUCACAGCAGCAAAUUGCCCUCAAGACCAUGUUGAUGUCUCUGGCUCAGCUGAGGGGAGAGCAGUGCUGCCCUGUUCUUACACCCCCACCCCUGGGCAGGAUGUAGAGGUCACAUGGCAUGCAUAUCCAGAUCAGGGAAAAGCUGUUCUAUUAAUCAACUCAAAGACCCCCUCAGCACACAUCCCUGCGCAGUGGAGCGGCCGAGUGAAGCUGUCUGAUGAAGUCUCCUCUGGAAACGCCUCUUUGCUAAUCUCUGAGCUCAGACUGCAGGACACUCGGGAUUACACGUGUACAGUGCAGAUCAAUGGGAUAUGUGUCACUUACAGGAAUGUUAAACUGACAGUUCAAGGACCUCCAAAGAGAGAUUCAACUACUUCAAGAACAACAACGACCACAACCCCGACAACUAGAGCAUCAGCAACCCCGACAACUAGACCAUCAGCAACCCCAACAACUAGACCAUCAGCAACCCAGACAACUAGACCAUCAGCAACCCCGACAACUAGACCAUCAGCAGCACAUCCUUCCCAGCAGAGCGCUGCCGCUAUCCUCUCUGCAGAAGGUCCAAAGAGAGAUUUAACUACUUCAGGAACUACAAUGACAGCUCCCGCUAUCCUCUCUGCAGUAGCCGUCUCUGCUGUCAUCGGCAUCAUAGGUGUUGCAGUCUUUGUCAUUUUAAAGUACAAAAGGAGAGCAGCGAAUGCUAAUGGGAAUAACCAGAAUGCUGGAGAUGCGAGCUCAGACUUGCUUACCUACGCUGUAAUCGAUCACACGACACAGCCGGGAGGAGCCCCAGUGCGGUCAGGGGUCAGUGCUGUGGACAAUACGGAGUACGCUACUGUCCGGAUCCACUGAUAGGACACGUCUCACCCAGCCACCAGGGAUACAAGAGAGCUUCAACAACAAGAUGAACCAAGGACUUGACUAACAUUGAUUUACUGCAGCGCUUCAAUGAAUCAUACCAACUCUGAUGAGAACAAUAAACACAGCUAGCCACUAACAAGCAACCACCUGACAUUCUUAAUUCGAUCUGAACCAUUUCACUGCCACUGCUAAUAGUCCACACCAGUCCCAAGCUGAGCUCCUGCAGGUGGUGUGAUCCCAGCCUCAAAGAAGAGAAGCCAGUCCUCCUCAUUGCAGUGUUCAUCCACAUUGUUAACGAGAGCCUUUACAGCAGGAGAUCGCUCACCAGCACAGAGAUGCGUCAUGAAAGAGGCCCCAGGGGCUCUGCUUCAUGACUGCAAGCCCUUGAAUGCAUGCGCGUGUAGCAGGGAGGGAAUAGGGGGGAGGUUAGGUAAGCAGUUGAAUUCAGGUCCCGAGCCUCACAUCCUUUUGCACCUGCUCUGAGACAGGCUGCUGUGUGUAAAACUUGACCGGUCUGCUGGAUUGGGGAGUAAAGCAAUACUUCCACAUUCAAACUCAUCUCUCAUCCUUGUGGCAGCUGUGAUGUACCUUUAAUGCUUAUCUCAUCAGACCAUGUGGAAUAUUAAUAAACAUCGACAUCGCUGCUUUGAACUGGGGUUACGUUGCUGUUCUUCUAUAAAGAAAAAGUACAUGGUUUUUAUUUAAGCCAAAGGGGGCUGAAUGGCUGAGCAAGCUGCGGGAAUGCCUUGUUUAAAAACAAGCACUACGUUAACCCAGGUUUUCCAGGACGUUUAAGUCUGUUUUUGCAACAGUUACGAUUUCAGUGGUAACGUAAAUGUAGCCUUUCCCAUUUCUAGUACUGUUUCAAAGACUUUAGAACUAUAACACUAUGAGUAUUGCUUCACUGUGCUGUAUCCUUGUAUUAUUCACCAGAUCGAGGCUGUAGAUAGCAGGUGCACACAUUUAUUAAAAGACGAUUCUCUGCUCAGGGCUCCUAAGAUAUGUAUUGAUAUUUAAGGGCUAUGCACACCGGAAGUGAACGACGCGAGCGAUCGAAUUCGAGUCGAAUAAAGUCUGCAGCGCGCGAGCCAAGCGAACGACUCGAAUACAGCGCGAGCUCAUAAAAAAGACGAGACUGCAGCGCCAUGAAAAGAAAAUACUGUCUCCUUUUGUGAGACGAAAUCAAAUAAAUAAAACAAUGAAGGAGAGUCUGGGGACACAACACACUACAAAAAGGAAAUGCAACAGAGACUGUUUAUAUGUGAUCUGGAUUAACAUGUAAAGCAUUCAAAAAGAAUACAUCUGCAUAUAUUUAUUUGGAAAUACUGAAGACAUUAGUUUAAUAUAAUAUACUUUUAUUGAUUUUCAGUUUGAAUAAAAUCUUCUCAGUUAUUGCGUGAAUGUGAUUAUUAUUAUUAUUGGUCAAUAUUAUUAAAAAGAAGCGUAAUUUUACAGAAAUCCGAAACCAGUGUGUGGCGCUCCCCGUCAC